AUGUCGAAGAGAUGCACCGAACUGUGUCAAAAUCGUCAAUGUCAAAUGUAUGGGAAGGACCAUUUUGGACAAUUAUGUUCUCGUCCGAAGACAAACGAUAAUAAAAAAACAGAGAAACCAUCGAAAAUUGGCGGAUCACAAGGAGAAGAAAUGGCUUUUGAUUUUAUUCAACAAACAUUUGCAAAUAUUUCACAACAACGAAAGUUUGCAAAUUCUGGUAUGAGUCAACUCAUGGCGCCACCAAGUCGUCAAAAUAAACAUGUUGAAAACGAUUCGGAUAAUCAAAGUGUCGAAUCUGAUGAAGAAUAA